UCGUCACAUCUUUAAUGCGAUAAUUCUUCUGUCAGCACAGGGACUCCCCCUGCGUCGACAUGACGAAGAGUUGGGAAACCUGCGAAUGACACUGCGAACCAUGGCAUUGGAGAGCGCAGACCUCGCCAAGUGGCUGAAACGCCAGGAGCAAGGUCAACAGACGUUCUUGUCGCCAGAAAUCCAGCGACAGAUGCAACGACAGCUGGCUCACGCUGUCCUCCGUGAAGUGUGUGCGGAGGUGGCCGAAUCUGGUGUUUACGCCAUCAUCGUGGAUGAAACCACCGACAUCACACAGCAGGAGCAGAUGUCCAUUUGUCUUCGAUACGUGACCGAGGUGUUCGAAGUGAAGGAGGUUUUCGUCGGUCUUUAUCAGACUGACGUGACUACCGGCGAGAGACUUGCACACCUCAUCCUCGAUGCGCUACAGCGACUCCAGUUGAAGGCCACUGCUCUGCGUGGGCAAUGCUACGAUGGAGCGAGCAACAUGGCGGGAGAGUUUCGCGGGGUGCAAGCGCGAGUGAAGGCAGUGGAGCCGAGAGCGGUGUACAUUCACUGCACAGCACACAGACUCAACCUGGUCGUCAAAGGUUGCCUGGACGGCAUCGAUGAGCUUCGUGACGCCAUACACGAGGCUGGUCAACUGAUCACGUUCAUCCGCGACUCGCCCAAGCGACUAUCGCACAUGGUCAGCAUGGGAUCGCAGAGCUCACUGCGUCCGCUCUGCCCGACGCGCUGGACAUGCAGUGAGUCGUCGAUCACCUCCAUCAUGAAGAACUACCAUCCACUGCGAGAGACGCUGAGGAGCGUCGCCGCCGACAAGACGGUAAAACCAGAUGUUAGGAGCAAGGCCAACGGCUUCGCCAGGUUAAUGGAAAACUUCUCGUUCUACUACGGUUUGCGACUCUCUCUGCACAUUCUGCAUAUGACUACGCCUGUCAUGCGAGCUGUGCAAGGCAAGUCAAACUCCAUCGCCAAGAACAUGGCUCUGAUUGAGAGGCUCUCCGAGGCAGUGGCGGAACAGCGAGAUCGGCACGCUGUUUUCUGGUCGGAGACGGUCGAUCUCGCAGCCGGGCUGGACAUCGACGAGCCCAAACUGAAACGCCAAGCGCGGCCACCUCGCCGGCUGGACGACGGUGCCGAACCUGCGCAUCCGACCAGCCCUGAAGAGCGGUACAGGCGCGUUUUCCUGGAGGCGAUUGACCAACUCGACCGGGCACUCCACUGUCGUUACAGCGAUAACGUCCGCUCUGACGAGCUGGUACUGGCCACUGGCGAGCGGGCCCUUAUCACCGGUGACGCAGAUGCGAUAGACCAAACAGCGGGCUUCUACCAGAUGAACGCUGACCGGCUUCGCUUGCAAGUUCAGAUGCUGCAUGACAUCUGCAAAUCUCACGGAACCUCCAUACCUCUUAAAAAUCUGCAGGAUGUCGUGAAGCAGCUCACCAGUGGAGAGGGAGAACUGCGAGCGCUGUUGGACGAAGUGGCUACGCUAACGAGGCUGCUUCUGACAGCUCCUGCCACAUCAUGCACGGCGGAGCGCAGCUUCAGUUUGCUGCGGCGUCUCAAGUCCUGGCUUCGCUCCACCCUCAGCCAAGAAAGGCUGAAUCACAGCGCAGUGCUCGCCACUUAUCCAGAGAGGGUGAUGUCACUGGACCGCACUAAACUGAUCCGAGAGUUCAUCCAGCAGUGUCCUUCCCGCCGUCACGUGUUUGGUCACUGCUAAGUGUCGCGGAUAAGAACAUCAUCUGCCAAGUUCUGCGAAAUUAGGCUCCCGGAUAUUCAAAUAUCUUAGGGCUUAGGCUGUCAGCUGCGAUGAUGCGUGUGGGCCGACUCAUCUCUGUUGCGUAGAGCUAGGGGUACAGGUCUACAGGGCCUGCUCACCUGCCAAGCCUCUUUUGCAUGUUGUUUAUGAAAACUGAUGUUUUGCAAUUUGCCAGUCUGCCGUUAUGCUUUGCUACAUUGGUAUCUUGGUUUCCUACAAAGUACC